CGGUAUGAAAACAAGUGUUAGAAACGUCAGUGCAUGAAUCAGCGGCAACUUACAUUAUCGUGCUGGAAUAAACGCGACUUUCUGGAUUAUUAAUGCUUGUCUGUGAGAGCUGAAGUGCUUUAUUCAGGUUAAAGUUUCAAUAAAUCAUCUUCCGUUGACAUUGAAGGCUCUAUUAAGAAGAUGAGGGAUUUAAUGUGUCUGUUUGUAUUGAUCAUCUGCACGACGGUCCGAGCGCGGUGUCCUAAGGUGUGUAAGUGUCCGGCGGAGCGGCCCGUGUGCCCGCCAGGCGUCAGUGCGGUGCCCGACGGCUGCGGCUGCUGUAAGGUGUGUGCCGCCCAGCUGAACGACGACUGCCAUGAGAACAAACCCUGUGACCAUCACAAGGGCCUGGAGUGUAACUAUGGCAACGAUGUGGCCAGCAUCCAUGGGAUCUGCCGGGCCAAACUGGAAGGCCGCUCCUGCGAAUACAAUGGGCGCAUGUAUCAGAAUGGAGAAAACUUCCGCGCGGGCUGCAAACACCAAUGCACCUGUAUUGAUGGGGCGGUGGGCUGCGUGCCCCUUUGUCCCUCUGAUAUUCCUCUGGAAACAGCAUCCUGUCCCUCACCUCGACUGGUCAAGAUCCCUGGCCAGUGCUGCCUCAGCGUGGACUGUCACGGCGAGUCCUCCGUCCUACCGCCAGUGUUUAGACGGCCGCAGCCGCCUCCGUAUCUGUUCCCUGACCUGCACACCUACAAGAAACCCCGACCAAAGCCGUACCCCUACAAGCCCAAAGACUCCCUGAGCAAUGAACUCAUAGAGGUGGAGAAAAAGUGGGACAAACCGCGGAGUCGAAAGCAUUUGCCAGCAUGGAAGAAAGCCGGACGGCAAUGUGUUGCGCAGACGACAAGCUGGACACCUUGUUCACGCAGCUGCGGGAUGGGCGUUUCAUCUCGGGUCACCAAUGAGAACACGCAGUGCAAGCUGCUGAAGGAAACCAGACUCUGCAACAUUCGUCCCUGUAGUUCUGUGGCUGUGCCUAUAAAGAAGGGGAGGAAGUGUUCUCGUACGCAGAAGUCUCCCGAGCCUCUGCGUCUGCACUACGCCGGCUGCCGCAGCACACGCCUCUAUCGGCCCAACUACUGCGGGACGUGUCUGGAUGGGCGAUGCUGCUCGCCCCGCCGCACACGGACGGUCCCCGUGCUCUUCACCUGCCCCGACGGAGAGCUCUUCGAGAGGGCCGUCAUGUUUGUGCAGUCCUGCAAGUGCAACGAUGAAUGUGGCCACCUGAACGAAGCGGUGCUCCCGCCCCAACGCUGGCUGUAUGGCGACAUGCACAAGUUUGUUGAUUAACAUCUCAUUUAUCCAAAGACCUGACCCCAUGUCUUUCCCCAAACCAAUAGAGUAGCGGUUUCAAAGUGUAACCCUGAGUAAACGCUAGGCCGAGGCCUUAUUAUAAUGCAAAUCCAUGAGGAAAAAGGGCAAUUUUGGGUUUCCAAUCCCUUGUGCCAUGACCCUUAGAGUAGAUGUGCUUACCGCAAGGACCCAAGAUGGGGUGAAUCCCAGUUGUGAAUAUAUACAAUGGAUUUUCUGAUUGACUAGUCCUUACCAAGAACAGUGAUGCAUUCUGGGGCACCUGCACAAUCUAAGUAAGAAAACAAACUGCCUCAGCAGGACACUGAUUAGACGCUUAAAUGUGGUGGCACAGACUCCCAGCUUCACAAGGGCUGGUCUUUACUUCUUUUGUAGUGAUUGCUUUGCCUUGAUGUUCAAAGAACAGCCGGAAAAUAUGAGGACAACUCACCAGGAAGUCGUUUUAAGCUACCCAGGGUUGUCUCAGCUGCUUGUGGACUCAGUGCUGAGCUUGAUGGCUUGGUGAGCCCAUGUCUCCGUCAACUCACCGAGGGAUAUUUGCCAAGUGCCGCAGCUCCCUGGCGUCAAAACGUCGGCUCCUCAGCUCCCAGCUAAUUACAAUCCUCGUCUUUGGGGGCAGAAGGAAACCCAGUAACCCUUUGGUUUGCAAUAAAAAUAUGUUUAAAACACCAGCAUCUGAUGUCAACAUGUAAUUUUAAAGUAAUGGGUGGGAUGGUUCUUUCAAACGCUGGUCUGUAAUCUACCAAGUGAUGGCAGAGCCUCGUGCAAACGGCACUGGUGUCUGUGUGUUUUAUAAUGCAGCAGUCUCUAUUUCUGCCUGGCACUGGUGCAUGAACUGACGGAGGUCGCGUCGCACCAUCUGCCCUGAAGAAUGAGAGUUUGAACAACAAGAAACCCAACACUUUGAAAGGGAGAAGCCAUGUUGUGACUGAAUAAUUAUGCUAUUUUUAGUUACAUUUCGUUUGAAUUCCCAAUCUAAAAACAAAAAAAUUUCAACAUUUUAGGUGCCAUGUUCUUGAUAAAAGCAUUUUUAUUUAUUUUUGUUGGUGGGGUGAGAAAUUACGUUGCGGAAAGGUGUUGACUGAAUAAACUGCCAAUUACAUGCUGCAUGCAAACUUGAUGGAAAAUUAGCAGCUUUCGGUUGUUUCGUGUUACGCGAACUUUACUAUGGGUUUAUAGUUUAUAUAGUAAGAUUUUUUUAUUACAUUUUGUCAUGCAUGGCACUUUGUUAAGUAACACAGGAAAUUAAAUACUCCAGUAGCUUCUAGGCAUUUAAUUCCUGUCUGGCGCGAAAAGAGCGGCGAUCUUCUGGUCCCAAAUGUGUGUCUGUGGGGUUUUCUUCAUCUGUUUUAUAGGACGGCAGGUGAACAUUGUAAGACUUUGAAGCAUUAUUACUGCCACCAAUAUGAUUUAAUCAUAGCUGAUAUUUGUAAGCGUUUAUUAGUAACAUUUUUGUACAACCAUAUAAACAAGUCUGGAGUGGAUUAUAUCAGGAAAUGCCAAUGAGCAGCCAACAUGUGACACUUCGAGACAGUGGAAAAUAUUUACUUGGAUUCGGGUCUGGUCUGAAAUUAUCUUGUAUUACAAGUUCAUCUCAUUUGUUUUUCCUCUUCAGACAGAGGACAACCACUCACCAUCCAUGAAAUAAACUGGUUUGUAAAAACGGCUCAAUGCAGGGGUUAUCAUUUGUUUUGUUUUUUAAAGGUAUAUGAUGCUGGUAAAAAUAACAUUUUGUCUAUUUGAUGUAAAUCAAUACGUUUAUGCAGUUCAAAAAACAUUUUCUAUAUGAUCUACAUUACUGUUUCUCCUCUAUAUCCUGCCUUUCAGAAACGCAUGCAUUUUUACAAAACUCAUCGUUCUGAAAAAGCGAGGUGUGCUCUGAUUGGCCAGCUAUCCAAUGCACUGUGUUGUGCCGAUUUCUGUACCCAUGCCAGAUUAUGCACCCUCUUCCAUUUCCUAAUCCCAACCCCAUAUCUAAAUCCUGUUUUACUUUUUGCACCCCCGACUUAUGUCUUUUACGCAUUGCGUAUCACGCGUGUAAAAAUAAAAAUAUAUAGCCAUGUUUGCAUUUGUGAUGGGAGAAACAACAAGUCUCUUCUAAACUGAAUUGUAUGCUUCGUAAACUGUUGGUUCAGGAAACGGUCCUCAAUCUCAAUAAAAUGCGCAGCACACAUCUGAA